AAAAGACAAUUCAAGGUACCUGCAUCGUUUGCCAGGCCCAGCUCAGCCCCAAACUCCAUUCCAGGCCCUUGGUUCCGAGCCAGGCAUCUCUAUACGGUUUGCGAGAGGACCAAAUACCGCCAAAUUCACGGGUGUGUAACACUUGUCGAUGCAAAUCAGUACGAUCGCGAUACACCCAUUGCCCUCUACCUUCGUGUCCCAACUCGCGAGGUCGCGUGAAGAGAUUGAGGUCCUUUCCAUACAGACUGCAGGAUUUGCCCUCCGAUGCUCGGGAGCCGCUGCUAGCAGAAUUUCGUAUUCCCAGUGGGGUAACAAAGUGCUGCUCGGCGUGCUUCAACAGAAUCCAGCGUCGAUUAGGUCCCGUGGAAGAGUGGCCGGAAGAAGAAUUCAAUAAACUCAAAACCGCCCUCAGCGAGCUCGGCUCGAACUGGCAACUCAUAGGCGAGAGGUUGAACAAACCGCCGCAGAAAGUGAAAAUGUUUUGUGCUGCUAAUCGGAAGAGGCUCAAGGGUUGCUUGGGGGAAGAUCGCAAACCGACCCUAUCCACCGAUGAAGAAAGCGGCUCGAGCACUUCGAGCUGCGAGGAAUCGUUGAUAGACGGAGAUCGUCACUCCAGCGACACGGCCAGUGCUGCGGAGAGUCCUCCGGUGCAGGGUGCGAACGAUAACGCGACAAAGAGGGUGGAUUACGACUCGAGCGCCACCGAAACGGCGGAUGAAGCGCAGACUCCGGAUCAUUAUCAAGGAUCCGCCACGAUAACACCCGUCAUCGCUGACGGUCAGCCUAGACAAAAUACGUCGCCUCUCAGCGUCAAGGAUCUCGUGUUGAAUGUGAUAGAGUUAUCUCUGAUGAAAAAUUCAGGAGGGCAACAGCAGAUUCAGAAUCCUCCCACCAGCGGUAUAACUCCCACGAUUUCUUCGAUAUUGAAUAACGAUUCUAACGAGGUUACUAUAGUGAGCGAAUAUAGUCUCAACAGCAUGAACAAUCAGCAAAGGCAGCAGCAACAGUCUCAACAACAACGCUCCGACCUUAACUUGGCGAAACUAGUUACACCUUUGAUCGGAGCGACUAUAACGCCGGUUUCGGGGCCGAUACAGUCACAGCCUCCGCCGGAGCCUGUGCCGUCAUCUCGCGAUGACUUGAUUGUCCUGCAAGUGCCCGAUGGUAGAGAACCGGAGACUUUGGACCUUAGUUUGAAAAAACCCAGAGAACCACCUCCGCCACCGCAUAGUAAACAUCAACCUCAGCAGCAGCAACAGUCUCAACUCCACCGAUCUGAUCCUUUCAUGUAUCACCAGGAAAGGAAGAGUCCUCUCUUCUCGGUAAGAACGCAGCCGAAAUUGCCCAGUCCUAAACCUGCGAAUCCGAAAUCUGGCUCAAUUACUUUAGGCACCCCCAUUAUGUCCCAACCCAGGUACGAAAUAUUGAGGCAGAUACCGGAAGCUAAAAUGGGGUCGAUUACUCAAGGUACUCCAGUAAUACCUCAUAACAUGCAAGACAAAAGGGUUUAUGAUUAUUUCACUAAGAGAGGACCGAUGCCGACUCAACAAGGGCAGACGCAGCAGAUGCAAUAUCCACCCCAGCGAUACGGACAACAACCGGCUUAUACCGUCGAGCAGCAGCUCAGCUCUAGGCAAAUAAUCAUCAAUGAUUAUAUAACUUCGCAGCAGAUGUUGGGUAGAAGAAACGAAAAACCUCAGUAUUAUCCCGCCAGCUCCCCUCACCGGACUCCGCCGCCACAGCAGGGGCAACAGCAGAGACAAGGCGUCAUUCAGAGACACACAAGACCCCAGUAUCUUCAACCUGGACACGAAGCUUUAUCAUCGCUGGUCGAUGUUGCUGUUCAACAACCCUCUUUGCCGGUUCCAAGUGCUCCACAUGAGGGUCUCGGUAAAACAAUGGCAGAUAAUAUAAUGGAACAACCUCAUCGAUAUCAGAUUAUUCAGCAGCACCAACAGCAACAGAUGAGGCAACAGCAGCAACGCAUUGAUGAGCAGCGGAGGGCGGCUUUUCACCAACAACAAGUUCAACAUCAGCAACAACAGCAGCAGCAUCAACAGCAGCAACACCAACAGCAGCAACACCAGCAACAGCAACACCAGCAACAGCAACACCAGCAGCAGCAGCAACAGGUACAACAACAACAGGUGAGGCAACAACCUCGAACUGACAAUAGUACACUGACUGCUGCUAGCUUGAUCGAUGCUAUUAUAACACAUCAGAUAAAUCAGACUGCUGAAGGGGGAAGGGAGGUUGUGCAGAAUACUAGAGAACAAAGGGCUGGUGAUUUGCUGUUUCAGAAAUUCCACAGAGGAGGUGAUCCACCUCCUCAGCAAGGUCAAGAUAAUGGGGAACGGCCACCCUCUGUUAUAAGUGUCGAUCUUGAUGGUGAUUCCGUUAACAAGAACCUCACCGUGAAAGAACUAACCGAUUCAGUGAUCAGUCACGAUUUCAGUUCAAGGCAAACUAAUUAUUAUCACUUGCAAGAAAAUAUGAAUGAACAGUGGAAGAGAAGAAUUCAACAACAGCAACAUAACGAAGAUAAACGUUCUCAGACACCUCUGCAAGAUGAAAGACAAAUUAUUCGCAUAGCUCAGCCUCAGAAAUAUCAUAUUGAGAGGGUGGAACCCGUUUCACCACCAGAAAAUAGUCACUGGACCGAACAAACUUAUAGGAGGUAUCCCCAGAAUCAACCACACAUGUCUCCUCUAGACUAUGUGAAAAACAGAAUUGUUGAAGUUAUGAGAACUGAGGAUGAUAAAAAAGACUCUCAAGAUUGUUCUCAUCCUCAGGACAAGGAUCGUAGCGACAGUCCUGGAGACAUGGUGAUAGAUGAAGAAAAGCACGAAAAUGAUUUUGGGCAGCAGCAGCAGCAGCAACCUACCUCCCAGCAGCAAAGUGGAUUUUAUUCGUUUGUCCACAAAGAUAGCACUGCCAGUGAUAAUUCGAGAAAUAAUGAGCCCAAACCUCUCCUCAGUGCUCAAUAUGAGCCAUUGUCUGACGAAGAUUAACAGUUGAAGAUUUCUGUGUUUUAGACUGUUGAAAAAAAGAUUCUUCAUGUAUGUAAAUAGUAAGUGAUAAGUGAUAUCUUAGGUUAGGUUUAAUGUUAAUCAAACAUGAAUUUGGCCCACAUUUGACAAUUGUUUUUAUUUCUUUUUUCCUUUGAAGUGUGUUUCUACUUAAAUGUUUUUCAACUGUAACUGGCUGUUGUGUUUUGUCAAGAAUCUUGGGUUUGGGUUUUAAAAAUUUAAUUAAAUAAAUUUGCUAUCAUAUUUUCGGGAUAACUUUUGAAUGAAAAUUGUUCGAUAUUCUCUUGAGAGGGUCUGAAUGUAGCGUCCAACUUUUAGUUAUAUUAUAUUGAUUGUAAUAUGUAGAUAUAUAUAUUUUCGUCAUAUUUGACGGCCACCCGCUUUCCUUGUACUUUUAUUUACCCACUAACUAUACUGACUAGUAAGAAAUGUAUAUAUUAUAUGAACAUAAAAAAUCCUAAGUGUAAGUCGAUAUAGAUUUAGUAUAUGAAGAUAUUGCAUAACAACUGAAAUUUUGAUUGGUUUUUAUGCAAUUAGGUGUCCAGUUUUUUGCAUUUCCAAUGUUUGUCAGUUAUUUUUUUAUUUUUUUAAGAAAACAGUCUGUGAAAUAUGACAUUUUAAAAUUUGCGUGAGUGCAAUUAUAUUUUCUUCACUAAUAUUUUUUAAAGGUGUAUAUUUCUUUCUGUUAUGUGUACAUGUUUGUUUUAAUUUUAAUACAUUUUGGGAAUGUAAAUAACUAAUAUGAGUAUAAAUAUUUAUAGAAAAAUUGAGGGAUCCCAGUGUAAAUACUUGUGAAUUUUUUUAAUUUUUAUGUUUCACAAUGUAAUUUAGUCCUUACGCUUUUGGCGUCUAAGAAUUAGACGAACUGAUAAUUUUUCUACACUAUAAAACAAAUGCUUCCAGAAUGUGUACACUGUCAAUUUUUUUAGUUGGUAAUUUUCAGAUGAUGACUUGUUAUUUUGUUGAAAUAAAUGAAUAUCAGUUGGAAGUUUCGUCAUUAAUUUCCUUACCAAAAUCAUGUAAUAAACGAAUGUUUCUCAAAA